UGCCGGGUCUGAAGCGAGGGCAAGGUCCGACGGAGGUUUCAUCUUCACGUCAUGUUGGUGACAGCGAACUUCCGGAGGAGUCUUAGAAGACGGAGGACGACUUGUCAGGUAACCAACAAGUGCUUCAGAGAAAUGCUGAAAGGAACGAAGGACAUGACGAAAAUGAAGACGAAGAGUUCGAUUGCUACGACGGUGGUGACGGUGACGGAAAAGAAGUCGGGGACGGCAAGGAAGGGAGGGAAGACGAGGACGGGGGGGACAAUGACCAAGGUGGGGAUGACGAGGAAGACAGUGACAACCAUCGUAGACUCAAGGACAGCGAUGACGAUGAGGGAACUGGGGGUGGGCGGGCGGAGGACGAAAACAGCUACGAAGUGGGGAGCGAAGGGGAACAGGACGAAGCCAAUGACCACGGAGUGUCUGUCAAUGAGUCUCGCAAAUGCGCCAACAGUCGGAGGCUUCGCUCUGGAGACGAGGACGUCCGCGACACGCAGAGAUCAGUAUGCUCGCGCAAGAGAAAAUCGAGAGCUAGUGGUGAUGAGGAGCAGAGGCGAAGACAGUCGAAAUGUCCGCAUGAUUUUGUCGAACCCAGUCGACGGGGAAUUCCAGUACAAUCACAGACCCCUGAACGAGAUGUUGGUCGCCUCCAUCAAAGACGCUAUGGAACGGCCAAAGAAACAGAAAGAGUGGGACAUAAACACAUUCAUUCUGGCUCCUGUUAUAGAAAUCAUGCGGAACGGGCAGAAACAGUGGCAACGUUUGAAACCCAAGGACAUGAGAGACGAGGAUGUCAGUUCGUACCAUUGGUACGCCGUGGCAGGCCAACACACGGCGGAAGCUGCGAAGAGGUUGGAGAGAGCGAACUCUCCAGUUGCCAGGAAAUGGGGCGUGCGGUCAUGGAAAGCGCGUGCGGUGUACUUCGAUGAUGACCAUAUUGACGGGUAUGCCUACAUUUCCACAUUUGACAACACGAGGGAGACUCGAUCUAUCCCAUCGUCGUUCAGAAUGGCUGUCACCGCAAUAAGAGGGUUGUGGCGUCAUAUGAAAUGCCUGAAGGGUGACUGGCAUCUGGCGAAAACAAAAGAUGACAAGGUGGCGCAGCAGCAGAACUAUCACGCUUUCCUGCGCAAAGCGAUACGGAUGACACCAGACACCGAGCUCUGGAAUUAGUUGAUGAACAAUAAAUUUGUCCGUAAUUG